CAAAUCAAAAUGCAAAGCAAAAAAGAUAAGAACCACAAGAGAGAGAACGCAUCAGGCAACUUUAUUAAAUCAAAUUCUUUGUUAAGAAUCUAAUAUAAAUGAAAAGCAAAAAAGUGCUCUCACACUUUAAUUCACACUUUCUUUUUGUCACCACAAGCAAUUCUCUAGUGACUUUUCCAACAAAAAAACACAAAGAAACCAACAAAGAAACCAUUUAAAUAUUUGAUCAACAACAUUAUUGUUAAAACAUCUUAAAACAAUGGCAUUUAGAAGCACUAUGAUUCUGCUAAGCAUGUUCUUUGUUGCAGUGUCUCUUUGGGGUGUGACAGUGGCACAAACUGACUCAAGUUGCACUAAUGUGUUCAUAAGUCUUUCUCCAUGUCUUGAAUACAUCACAGAACAAACUUCCUCUCCUUCCGGAGGUUGCUGCUCACAGCUUGCUUCUGUUAUGGGGUCACAACCACAGUGUCUAUGUGAGGUUGUUAACGGUGGUGCUGCUUCGUCUAUUGCUGCUAGUUUUAACAUCAAUCAAACUCGCGCUUUAGCACUUCCAACAACUUGUAAUGUCCAAACACCUCCUAUCAACACUUGCACCGGUUCAGCUUCUUCUUCUUCUCCUCCUGUGGGUAUUUCUGUUUCCAACAUUCCGAAUUCUCCUUCAGGGAGUUUUUCAUCAACUACUGGAAGUAGUGAAAGUAUUCGUGGCUCAUCGUCGUCUUAUAGAACAUCAUCAAGUUCUGGAAAAUUACAAUGUUCUUUGCUUGUUCUGGUUAUCUUUGCAAAGUUCACAUUCAUAUUGAUGACCACUACUUAGGUUGCGUGUGCAUGUUUUUGUAAACCUUAUUAGUAUUGUCUAAAUUCUACUUAUUUUUAGGCACCCUUUGUUUUUCUCCCUUGCACAUUAACGAAGACAUAAUCAUGUAAAAGUGCUAUAUAAUUUUUGUGAAAUGACAUUAAGGAGAAAAUUCUUAAGCAA